GCCGCAGCCCCGGCCCCCCGAGCGCCAUGAACCAGAUAGAGCCCGGCGUGCAGUACAACUACGUCUACGAAGAUGACGAGUACAUGAUCCAGGAGGAGGAGUGGGACCGCGACCUGCUCCUCGACCCGGCCUGGGAGAAGCAGCAGAGGAAGACCUUCACGGCCUGGUGUAAUUCCCACCUAAGGAAAGCUGGCACCCAGAUUGAGAACAUCGAGGAGGACUUCAGGAAUGGCCUUAAACUCAUGCUGCUUUUGGAAGUCAUCUCAGGGGAAAGGCUGCCGAAACCUGACCGAGGAAAAAUGCGAUUCCACAAAAUUGCUAAUGUCAACAAAGCCUUGGAUUACAUAGCCAGCAAAGGCGUGAAACUGGUGUCCAUCGGGGCUGAAGAAAUUGUGGAUGGCAACGUGAAAAUGACGCUGGGUAUGAUCUGGACCAUCAUCCUUCGCUUUGCUAUUCAGGAUAUUUCAGUUGAAGAAACCUCUGCCAAAGAAGGUCUCCUGCUUUGGUGUCAAAGGAAAACCGCUCCUUAUAGAAAUGUGAACAUUCAGAACUUCCACACCAGCUGGAAAGACGGCCUCGGACUCUGUGCGCUCAUCCACAGACACCGGCCCGACCUCAUUGACUACUCAAAGCUUAACAAGGAUGACCCAAUAGGAAAUAUUAACCUGGCCAUGGAAAUUGCAGAGAAACACCUGGAUAUUCCCAAAAUGCUGGAUGCUGAAGACAUUGUGAACACUCCCAAGCCCGAUGAAAGAGCUAUCAUGACAUACGUUUCCUGCUUCUACCAUGCGUUUGCGGGCGCGGAGCAGGCCGAGACAGCAGCUAACAGGAUAUGUAAGGUUCUUGCUGUGAAUCAAGAGAAUGAGAGGCUGAUGGAAGAAUAUGAGAGGCUAGCAAGUGAGCUGUUGGAAUGGAUUCGUCGCACGAUCCCCUGGCUGGAGAACCGGACCCCUGAGAAGGCCAUGCACGCCAUGCAGCAGAAGCUGGAGGACUUCCGGGACUAUCGGCGCAAGCACAAGCCGCCCAAGGUGCAGGAGAAGUGCCAGCUGGAGAUCAACUUCAACACGCUGCAGACCAAGCUUCGGAUCAGCAACCGGCCCGCCUUCAUGCCCUCCGAGGGCAAGAUGGUGUCGGAUAUCGCCGGCGCCUGGCAGAGGCUGGAGCAGGCGGAGAAGGGCUACGAGGAAUGGCUACUCAACGAGAUUCGGAGGCUGGAACGCGUGGAGCACCUGGCGGAGAAGUUCAAGCAGAAGGCUUCGACGCAUGAAACGUGGGCUUAUGGCAAAGAGCAGAUCUUGCUGCAGAAGGACUAUGAGUCGGCCACGCUGACCGAGGUCCGGGCCAUGCUGCGGAAACACGAGGCGUUCGAGAGCGACCUGGCGGCGCACCAGGACCGGGUGGAGCAGAUAGCGGCCAUCGCGCAGGAGCUCAAUGAACUGGACUACCAUGAUGCCGUGAAUGUCAAUGAUCGGUGCCAGAAAAUCUGUGACCAGUGGGACAGAUUGGGAACGCUUACUCAGAAGAGGAGAGAAGCCUUGGAGAGAACUGAGAAAUUGCUAGAAACCAUCGAUCAGCUUCACCUGGAGUUUGCCAAGAGAGCUGCCCCUUUCAACAAUUGGAUGGAAGGAGCUAUGGAGGAUCUGCAGGACAUGUUUAUUGUGCACAGCAUCGAGGAGAUCCAGAGUCUGAUCACUGCCCAUGAGCAGUUCAAGGCCACGCUGCCCGAGGCGGAUGGUGAGCGGCAGUCCAUCAUGGCCAUCCAGAACGAGGUGGAGAAGGUGAUCCAGAGCUACAGCAUCAGAAUCAGUUCCAGCAAUCCCUACAGCACUGUGACCGUGGAUGAGCUGCGGGCCAAGUGGGACAAGGUGAAGCAGCUUGUGCCCAUCCGGGAUCAGUCCCUGCAGGAGGAGCUGGCCCGUCAGCAUGCCAACGAGCGUCUGCGUCGCCAGUUUGCUGCACAGGCCAAUGCCAUCGGGCCGUGGAUCCAGAACAAGAUGGAGGAGAUUGCCCGGAGCUCCAUCCAGAUCACAGGAGCCCUGGAAGACCAGAUGAACCAGCUGAAGCAGUAUGAGCACAACAUCAUCAACUACAAGAACAACAUCGACAAGCUAGAGGGAGACCAUCAGCUCAUCCAGGAGGCCCUGGUCUUUGACAACAAGCACACCAAUUACACCAUGGAGCACAUUCGUGUUGGGUGGGAGGUGCUGCUGACGACCAUCGCCAGAACCAUCAAUGAAGUGGAGACCCAGAUCCUGACGAGAGACGCGAAAGGCAUCACCCAGGAGCAGAUGAAUGAGUUCAGGGCCUCCUUCAACCACUUUGACAGGAGGAAGAAUGGCCUGAUGGAUCAUGAAGAUUUCCGAGCCUGCUUGAUUUCCAUGGGUUAUGAUUUGGGCGAAGCUGAAUUUGCCCGCAUCAUGACCCUGGUGGAUCCCAAUGGACAGGGCACCGUCACCUUCCAGUCCUUCAUCGACUUCAUGACUAGAGAGACGGCGGACACGGACACGGCCGAGCAGGUCAUUGCCUCCUUCCGGAUCCUGGCUUCUGAUAAGCCGUACAUCCUGGCAGAAGAGCUCCGUCGAGAGCUGCCACCAGAUCAGGCCCAGUACUGCAUCAAGAGGAUGCCCGCCUACUCCGGGCCAGGCAGCGUGCCUGGCGCCCUGGAUUACACCGCGUUCUCCUCCGCCCUGUAUGGGGAGAGUGAUCUGUGAUGCUGGGGCCAUGUAACCACUGAUCCCAUCAGAACGCAAUAAAAGCUGAAGUCACAGUUGGUUUCUUGGAACCUUUGACAAGCUUUAUUAAGUUAGGAGAGAGAGAAAGAAACACUUUGCAGCUCAGUGAUUGGCAGCAGUGUAACUUGGCUGAGAUUAAGUUUCUACAGUGUAUGAGGUAGCGUGCUUUGGAAGUAGGUUUCUUUAUUUCUGGAUUUUUAGGUAAAUACAAGGAGAUAGCAGGUUUUUCUUGUUUUCUUUGAUAAAGCAAAGCAAAUUACUUGUGUAGUAUGAAAUUAGGAGGCCCCCGGGACAGAAGAAAAGUAAAAAACGGGAAAUUACAAAAUAACCCAGGAUUCAAGAUCGGGGGGGAACAAAAUCACCAAUUAGGUAAACGUUUGAUACUUUAAAAAAUAUUCUUCAUAUUUAACGUGUUUACGUGAUUAUCCCUAGGGGAAUAUAUUUGGGCUAUUAGCGUUUUACUUUACUGCUCAUUCAAAGAUUAGGUUUAUUUGAAUUUAAUACUGUCCAGGGAACAAAAACAAACUACUCGAAAGAUCUCUAGUACUGAAAAUUUUUUAAGUAGAGAUUAUAGUCAGUUCUUCAUUAUUUAGGAUUAUGUAGUCAAUUAGUGGGUCUCAAUGCCUUACAAUCGUCCAAACUAGGGACCUCCUCAGGAAAUACGAGAGUCAUUUUAAUUGCCAGAGAGGAAGAAAAAAAAGCACUAGAUAAAAUGAGUUUUUAAGGAUUAUUUAUUGAGUCCAGGUUUCUGUGCUUUUUCUAGAGCUUGUGAGUACAGGUCCUCCAUCCGUAAGUGCUCGGUUUUUAAACAAGUGUCUGUGGUAGCAGUUCAUAACCGGGGACAGGUCAGAGACUAGAACCCUUCCAGCUCUCCAGGCCGAACUGCCUUACGCCUCUGGUUUUACGACCUGGGAAGAAGGAGUUCUUAGGAAAAAGUAGGAAAGGCCUAACUCUCAACAGGGGCAGAGGUAAGUUCUUGCAUUGCAGAAGCUUUACAUAUCUUCGGGUAAAUGCAUUCUGCGCAGCAGGUGUUUCCGUGAGCCCGUGGUGUGCAUCCACCGCCGGGAUUAGACGUUACGUCCUGACGGGUUGGGAGUCUGGCACUGUCUGCAUCUGAAGCCUCCUCACAGAGGACACCCCGUCGUGUGCCCAGCACCGCCUUGGUUUUGUCAAUGUUCAUCCAUUUUU